AUGAACGUCUUUGUCCGUUGGCGCCCGCUCGUCGGCGCAGAGACCACCACUGGCAGCGUCGAGCACAGCGCAAACACCAGCCCCUCCUCUACGCUUCUCGCCGUCACCGUCCACCGGUGCCAGACACAAUCCGACAAGCCGUGGAGGAGCGCCGCCGCAUUUACUGCCGUACUAGACAGUACUGCCUCCAACACUGCUGCGUACGCCACCGUCGUGCAACCCACGGUCCCGCGGGUCCUGGCCGGCGGAUGCUGCAGCUUCUUCGCCUAUGGCCAUUCCGGCAGCGGCAAGACGCACACCGUGGUAGGCUACGAGCAGGACAAGUCCGGCUUCGGUAUAUGUCUCGCAGCAGCAGAGCAGCUCUUUGAACAGAUUUUCAAGUUCAACGCAGAAGAGAACAAUCAGCCGCUGGCGGUUGGGCUCAGCGUGUUUGAGCUCCGCCAAAAGGCGGCGUUUGAUCUCCUCAACGACGGCACGAAAUGUCACAUCCGCGAAGGCCCCGACGGCAAGAUCCAUAUACGUGGGGAGACGGAGACGCUGUCCGAAGGAAAAGUGCGCGUGCAGCCGAUUGUCAAGCGUUCGUGCUGGACCUUUGCCGAGCUGCGCGACCAACUGCGCAACGCCCUCGCCCGUCGUGCCGUUGGCACUUCAUCUGUCCAUGACCAAAGCUCUCGCACGCAUGCGGUUCUUGAGCUAGAAAUUAUCAACGCACCCCUCAUCGCCGCCCGCACCGAAGUCAUCGAUCGACAGUCGGAGCUCGUCCCCAUCGGCAAACGCGCGCUCGACGUGAUCAUUGACGAGCAGACGAAGAGCGUGAUCAAGGACGACAACAACAUUUACCAACCGAACCCAGACUACGUGGUCAAUCAAGCCCUCAUCGACAAAGUGACGGCCGAAAAGGACAAGUUCGAAGCGCGCGUUGCCGACGCCGAGGCCAAGGUCGAUGCCAUCUAUGCCCAACACAACAGCGCCGAAUCUACAAUCCGCCUCGGUGGUAAAAUGGUGUUUGUCGACUUGGCCGGCGCAGAGUACCAACAGGACAGCAAGAUAUCAGCGACGACACAAACACCCGCAGAGAGACAGGAGGCGCGGCAGAUCAACACCGACCUGCUCGCGCUCAAGGAAGUGAUGCGCGCAUGGUCGACACGGCAGAAGCGUGUUCCAUACCGCUCGUCACCGCUUACCAUGGUGCUGAGGGAGACGUUUGCGGAUGCGCGGAACUGCGGCGCGGGGAUGGUGGUGACGGUAUCGCCGGCGACGAUGCACCAUGCUGCGACGCUCAAUUCUCUCAAGUACGGCAGCUUAAUGGGGACGGCGCGGUAA